CACUUGACGAAGCAAAAGAAUGCAAUAGCCAUAAGAGCUAAGCGCGAAGCAUUAUCAUCAAUAAACUCACCCUCUCUUCCUCCGCUCUUUCUAUUAUUCGAAAUGAGCUCUCCCACUUACAUGCUUACACAAUUUUUACCUUCGUCUCCUUUUCAUCAUCGCCAGUUUCAUUUCACUAAGACAACCCUCUCUUUUAAGCCCGCAAAAAACUCAGUCUUCAAUUUAAAUUAUGGCGGAUUUGAGUUUAAAAGUAGUAGAGUUAGGAGCUCAGUGAAUGAAGAACAAGAGCAGAAGCAGCCAAUGGUGAAAAAGGCUUAUCCUUUUCAUGAAAUAGAGCCCAAAUGGCAGCGUUAUUGGGAGGACAAUCACACUUUUCGAACCCCGGAUGAAAUUGACACUUCUAAGCCUAAAUUCUAUGUCCUUGACAUGUUCCCUUAUCCCAGUGGCUCGGGAUUACAUGUUGGUCAUCCACUUGGAUAUACUGCCACAGAUAUUCUUGCUAGGUUCAGACGUAUGCAGGGUUACAAUGUUUUGCACCCAAUGGGAUGGGAUGCAUUUGGUUUACCUGCUGAGCAAUAUGCAAUCGAGACAGGAACCCAUCCGAAAAUUACAACUUUGAGGAACAUUAACCGUUUCCGGUCCCAGCUUAAAUCUUUGGGAUUCUCAUAUGACUGGGAUCGUGAAAUUUCUACUAUAGAACCAGAAUAUUAUAAAUGGACCCAGUGGAUCUUUCUUCAGUUAUUGAAGAGAGGAUUGGCAUACCAGGCUGAGGUACCAGUCAAUUGGUGCCCUGCUCUUGGCACAGUUUUGGCCAAUGAAGAGGUGGUGGAUGGAUUGAGCGAGCGUGGUGGUCAUCCAGUUAUAAGAAAGCCAAUGAGACAAUGGAUGCUCAGAAUUACUGCCUAUGCUGACCGCCUUCUUGAAGACUUGGAUGACCUUGACUGGCCUGAAAGUGUAAAAGAUAUGCAAAGGAACUGGAUAGGGAGGUCUGAAGGGGCUGAGAUGGAAUUUCAUGUUCUUGAUGAUGAUGGAAAGGAAAGAGACAUAAACUUAACUGUUUACACUACCAGGCCUGACACCAUCUUUGGAGCAACAUAUUUAGUUGUGGCACCAGAACAUUCUUUACUUCCGUCACUAGUGUCUCUCUCUCAGAGCAAAAAUGUGGAAGAAUACAAAGACCUUGCCUCACGAAAAAGUGACCUUGAGAGGACUGAGCUUCAGAAGGAAAAAACUGGGGUCUUCAGUGGUUGCUACGCAAGAAACCCAGCUAAUGGGGAAGCAAUCCCAAUAUGGGUUGCAGAUUAUGUUUUGGGGAGUUAUGGGACUGGAGCAAUUAUGGCUGUGCCAGCACAUGACACUCGUGACUAUGAAUUUGCCACUGCAUAUGACAUUCCGAUUCGUUGGGUUGUAAAGGCAGAUGAUGAAGGUUGUAGUGAUUCAGGAAUGGCUUAUGCUGGUGAAGGCACUAUUCUGAAUUCAUCAAAUUUGACACUAGGUCUUGAUAUCAAUGGCUUGUCUAGCAAAGCGGCAGCUUCCAAAGUCAUUGAAUGGGCUGAAAAAACUGGGAAUGGGAAGAAAAAGGUGAAUUUCAAGUUGAGGGAUUGGCUUUUUGCUCGGCAGCGAUAUUGGGGAGAACCUAUCCCUGUUGUUUUUGUAGAGGAUACUGGUGAGGGUGUUCCACUUCUUGAAACUGAUUUGCCGCUGAGAUUACCCGAAUUGGAUGAUUUUACUCCUACAGGGACAGGAGAACCACCUCUAACUAAAGCUGUUUCCUGGGUUAAAACUACAGAUCCUUCAUCUGGAAAACCUGCUAAAAGAGAAACAAACACUAUGCCUCAGUGGGCUGGUUCUUGCUGGUACUAUUUGAGAUAUAUGGACCCAAAGAACUCGAACGAAUUAGUUAAUAAGACAAAAGAAAGGUAUUGGAGUCCAGUUGAUGUCUAUGUUGGUGGUGCUGAACACGCUGUUCUCCACUUACUUUAUUCGAGAUUCUGGCACAAGGUUCUUUAUGACAUUGGCGUUGUAUCAACCAAAGAGCCCUUCAAGUGUGUCAUAAACCAAGGAAUCAUCCUUGGGGAAGUUCAAUAUAUGGCCUUCAAGGACACAGAUGGAAAUUAUGUGUCUGCUGACACUGCUGAUAUGUCAGGUGUACUUCAUCACGAAAUAAUUCCAGAGGAAAAGGUGAUAAAAUCUGGGGAUUCAUUUGUGCUAAAAGAUGAUUGUAACAUUCGUUUGAUUGCCCGUGCUCAUAAGAUGAGUAAAAGUAGGGGAAAUGUAGUCAAUCCUGAUGAUGUUGUUUCUGAGUAUGGUGCAGACUCUCUUAGAUUGUAUGAAAUGUUCAUGGGACCCUUUAGGGAUUCAAAAACAUGGAGUACUACUGGUAUUGAAGGUGUGUAUCGAUUCUUGGGAAGAACUUGGAGGCUGAUUGUAGGUUCACCUUUAUCUAACGGUGCUUUUAGAGAUGGAACGGUGGCAAUAAAUGAGGAGCCAUCUUUUGAACAGCUGCGUGCUCUACAUAAAUGCAUAGCCAAGGUAGCAGAGGAAAUUGAAGGGACACGAUUCAACACUGGAAUUUCUGCAAUGAUGGAGUUCAUCAAUGCAGCAUACAAGUGGGAUAAACUUCCAAGGUCCGUCAUUGAAGCGUACGUUUUAUUGCUGUCGCCAUAUGCGCCUCACAUAGCUGAGGAGCUUUGGUUUCGGUUAGGGCACUCAAACUCAUUGGCAUAUGAACCCUUUCCUAAGGCAAAUCCUGCUUACCUGAAGGAUACCCGUAUAGUCCUACCAGUUCAGAUUAAUGGCAAGACACGGGGAACAGUAGAGGUUGAAGAAGGAUGUUCAGAGGAGGAUGCUUUCAGAUUAGCUUCCCAGGAUGAGAAACUCUCCAAGUAUCUGGAUGGGAAAAUUGUAAAGACAAAAAUCUUUGUUCCAGGAAAGAUUCUAAAUGUUAUUUUGGGACCUCAAAAUGUGAAGGCGGGUGUACGAUAGUCCAUUUACAUCCAACCGUGUCAGAACAUUUUUAAAUUAGAAUAAUCCACGAUUUAGAAAAAAGAAAAAGUGUUACUACUUAUGAUAUCUGAUGAGAAAAUGGAAUUGAAAUCUGGUGGAGAAGCUUCCAAUUCCAAUCCUGAAUUCUUUUAGAUUUGAAAAAUAUAAUAUAAUAUAUAUAUUUCUUCGUAUU